AUGAGUGACAGCAGCGGCAAUGUCAAGGCUGAUAAAAUCAAGCAAUCGAAAAGAAAACGCCGUGCGAUUCACGCGGCGCUCACGCCAAUCGAGUGGGGUGAUUACAACAUCGACUUCGCCAUCUCUGAUUCUGAAGGUGCAAAGGAAAUAAGUGGUUUCAUACAAGACUUGGAUGCCGAAGCGCAGUUUGCGAAGACGAGGGCCUGUGUUGUCAAUGAGCUCGAUCUAGCUGCGCCGUCAAAGUCAAACCUCGACCUUAUUCAGCUUCUCAUCACCCAACCAGGCCUUCCACAGGACGAAGUCACCCUUGUCGAAAGCUCCGAUGAUCUCCAGCGCCACCUCAGCCAAGCUUUUCGACUGCCGCUCUUGCAUCGCACUACAGAUGCCAGGCCAAGCAUUAUUCCGCAUCAGCUCAAUUUGGCAGAGUUCCUCAGGCACAUGUCUGACGAUAAAGACGCUGGUAUUUCUGUCUACGACUACUCCAUCGCCGACGCCGAAGACCGUACUUACUCUACCUCCGUUGCCAACCUGUGCUCCAGCUUUCCCUCCCGUCCAAAUGCCCCAGCACUCAACUUCCUCGACAUCCAGAACCGCACGGGCUUUCACUUCUGCCCAUUGGCCGUCAAGCUGCACGAUCUAGUCUUCCGCACAGCCUCCCGGAGUCGUGGUGACAAGGGCAAGACGGCGUCGAGCUGGACACCACCCGACUCGCCAGAGUUCUUCCUUGCAUCCAUGCAAAACGCCAUCUCGUCCAUCCACAUCGAUUCCGGCGGAGGAAACACGUGGAUUGCCAUACUGGAGGGAAGAAAGAUAUGGUACUUCCCGCGCUUUGCCGACGACCAGUCGGUGCUGCAGCUUGCAGCAGCGGGCUCGCUCGCACCCGAGCACUACCCGCACGGUUGGGUGAAGGUCGAGCUACGAGCCGGAGACGUGCUUAUUAUGCCGCCCGGCCUUCCACACGCCGUUUUUACGCCCGAAGAUUGCCUUAGCGUCGGCGGUCAGUUUUACACCGCACCGAAUCUGGGCAAGUCGCUGCGCACGCUGGAUCUGCAAGAGCGCAACCCAGGCAUCUCGAACGAGGACCUCUCGAGUUCGGCUUAUGCGACGCUGACGUUCUUACUAAAGAACGGCUGUGCCUUGCUCAAACCAACUGACAAAAUGAGCGUCGCUUCCAACGCCUUGACGCUAGACAGCAGCUCCAGCACUCCUAAAAUCCCGGCGAAGGAGGUGAAGGCGCAGCUAACGGCCCGAGGAAUUGAAUUCGACAAGAAAGCUAAAUUGUCCGACCUACUUGCGUCACUGCUGCAACAUUACCGGGACGGGGACGACUCUACUCCAGGCUCGGUCGAUAUUCAGAGACAGCUUUUUCUGCAAUCACUUGGCACUGCCGUGUCUGCCAUUCAACAAGGAUCAUGA